AUGACAAAAGCAACGUGUAAUAUGUUCCUCACAAACUGAUAUCAUAUCAUUUAGUGUGUAACCGUUGCUUAGUAGUGAAUAAAAUUGGAAAUAUUAGCCGACGAAACCCCGGAAGAGCGUCCAAGCUACCCUACGUCCUAAAACGUUAAAAUCAACAUUUUAAUCAUCAGCUGACGUUGCGUGACGUAGUAUGGCUGAUAUGAACUACACUUACGAACCAGUGACUACUGAUGUGUCAGUCAACCAACAAACGCAUAGGAUGGAGGGAGGACAAUUGUGGCGGCAAUACAUAAUCGCCGGCGUCGCGAACAUCGCGAUCACGGCCACGGGAUUCUCAAUGGGAUGGACGUCCCCUGUGAACCUCAAGUUGCAGAAUGUAACAGACUCUCCUCUUGACAGACCGAUCACCAGCAAUGAGGAAGCCUGGAUCGGGUCACUACUCAACAUUGGUGCUAUCAUCGGUCCAUUCAUCGGUGGGUUAGCAGCUUCCAAAAUAGGCCGCAAGUGGGGUUUGAUUGUCUCUUCAGUUCCACUGUUCAUAGGAUGGCUCUUGGUCGCUAUAGCCACUAAUGUAGGCUUAAUCUACGCAGGCAGGAUAUUUUGGGGUAUAGCUGUUGGCAUGCUGUUCACUAUAUCGCCUAUGUACUGCGCUGAAAUUGCUACGGAUGAAGUGCGCGGCGCGCUCGGUUCCUUUCUCCAAGCGUUCAUUACCAUUGGUUUCCUUCUGGUAUACAGUAUUGGGCCAUUUAUUUCCUAUUCAGCAAUCGCUUACAUUGGUGUUGCAAUCGUGGCCAUCUUCGAUAUCAUCUUCUUCUUCAUGCCAGAAUCGCCUGUUUAUCAUUUGAGCAAAAAUGACCGCCAAUCAGCUUCCCAAAGUUUAGCCACUAUUCGUGGAAAAUCAGAAGCUGGUGUUCAAGCUGAACUUGAUAAAAUGGCAGCAGAUGUGAAAGCAGCUAUGGAUAAAACUGCUACGAUAAAAGAUGUUUUCCGAGGCGGUAACUUCAAGGCGUUCUACAUUUCCUGCGCGCUGGUGUUCUUCCAGCAAUUCAGUGGUAUCAACGUUGUACUCUUCUACAUGACCAACAUCUUCAACGCAGCAGGAUCUGACCUGGAUCCAGCUAUUGCCACUAUCAUUAUUGGUGCUGUGCAGGUGGGUGCUUCAUGCGUUACACCAUUCGUAGUAGACAGGCUUGGACGUCGGAUCUUGCUGCUGAUCUCCUCAUGCGGUACUGCCAUCGGUCUGGCACUCCUCGGUAUGUACUUCAUCUUGGCGGAAAAAGAGAAUCCUAUUGCCGAAACUAUCAGUUUCUUACCAGUAUUAUCGCUCGUUCUGUUUAUCAUAACCUACUGCUGGGGUUUAGGGCCAUUGCCCUGGGCGGUUAUGGCCGAGCUUAUGCCCAUGGAAGUAAAGGCUAUUGCGGCUCCAAUAGCCACUGCUUUCUGCUGGAUGUUGUCCUUCCUUGUUACUAGGUACUUUAAUAGUAUAGCAGAUGCUCUAGGCAUGUACGUCGCCUUUUGGUUGUUCGGCGUUUGUUGUAUAGUCUCCUUCUUCUUCGCGAUGUUCGUGGUCCCAGAGACGAAAGGCAAGAGUUUGCAGGAGAUUGAAGCAAUAUUAUCUGGCAGAGCUAGAAAAGAAGACAAAGCUUAAAGGGAACAAAACUGUUGUGGAUCGUAAAAUAGUAAUUUGUGUACGUAUCUAUUUUACCACGAACAUUUUAUCAGUAGAUAAACCGAAUUUAUAAUGUGAUUUUUACACUGACCAAAAAGAAGAAUUAUGAACGAAAAUAUUGUUAUUAGAUGGGAUCUAUUUUUAUCUAUGAUUUUUUGUAUAUAUUUGGUAAUCAUGAUUGACGCUACAUUCUUUUGUGUACAAAGAAAAAAAAACAAUUUUAAUAAAAGGCAUUACUCAAAAGAGCAGCUCUUAGGUACAAACAGGUAUAAAAGUAUCACGAAAUUACAAUAUGGAUGCCAUUUUACGAUUGUACAUAUAAAUGCUUUAAAUUACAGCAUAGGCAUAUUGCUUAUUGUAAUGGAGAAUCCGGGUUCGCAUCUUAAGUGACCCAAUUUAGUAAAUAAAUAUUUCUAAAAUGACUCGAGUCUGGGUGUUCUAAUUUUUGGCCCCAGACAUUUAUUAAGUUAGGAUUAUCUAUGAUUUCUCAUAAGACAGGGUAUCAUAGCUUAAGUACAAGGCAAAUAUAUUAUAUUCUGUGGUAGGUUGGUAUAUUUACGAUUGUACGAUACGUUAUUAUUUGAUAGUUGUAUAACAUUUGUAAUUAUUUUAGCUAAGUAAGACAACAUUCCCAGUCACCUAUCGUAAUAAUGUACAAAAUAUUUUAAAAUAUACUUUAUGCUAGAUAUAAAUAGAAAUUCUCCAGUUUCCGAUAAAAGAACAAUUUACACAUUUAUUUACCAAUUUUAUGAACAAGGUUGUUCUCAAUUCGUCUGCAUUUUUCUAUGUCCCGCGAUAUCUUCUUAAGUUAAUAAUAAUUAAUUCUGAAAUUAUUGUACAAAUUUAAGUAUCUACACUAAUUUCAGAAUUUUUAUUAGUAUAGGUGGAUAUAGGUAAUAUAGAUAAAAGGGAAGUAUUGAUUUUACAAUAUAUUUCUAAACCUUGUAAAGAUAGUAAUUAAAAAGUUGAAGAUAUUGCGUAAUAUAGAAAAAAAUAUUAAUUACCAACUUUUACACGCGUGAGCGGUAUAUAUGCUGACCAAGAUAAAAAGUAGCCUACAUCCUAUUCCAUCCCAUACAGUAUGAGCGUUUCAAAAAUAACUAAAUAAACCUCCUUUCAAAGCUUUCAACUCCUCAUAAACAAACACUGUAACACUAUUAUUAUUUAUUUUAGAUUUAUGAAAGAUACAGAUCGAUAUUAUAUAUAGACUACAGGUGCUAUAUAAUUAUUGUGAUAUAGAUGAAUUUAUUAAAAUGAGUUUGUAAAUAAUAUGAAUUUAUAAUAUCUGUGAACGAUAUUUUAUCUACCUUUCAAUGGGGUUAAUUUUGAAGUGUUAUUUCUCUAAACUUAUCUGUUAGCCUAAUAUUUUAAUUUAUAGAUUCGCGAAAUAACUGUUUUAUGGACCAUCAUAAACUAAAAUCAUAAUAUUUUUUACUUAAAUCAAUUAGAAAAUUAGUUUACAUCGUUCUUUACAAUAAAGAUUUCGCUGUUAUGUCAAAUUGAAAUAUUGAUUUUAGAGAGCUGAGUCCUCAGGAAUGGCAACACAUGGGGGUUAUCAUGGGCGAAACAGUAUACUCUGUUAUGUCCAUUGUAUUGCUCAUGUCUAUAGGCGACGGUUACCAUUUUCCAUCAGGUGGGCCGUCAGCUUGUUUGCCAUUCUAAGUUGUAUAAAAAAAAGAUAGGAUUAAAGAAAUGGCAUCUCAGAAUCGACCUCAAUACUUUGUUAUUUCAUUAUAGUAAUUUAUCAGUCAGAAUUUACAAUUUAGGUCAAAAAUCUAUUAUAUAUAUUAUAAGAAAGAAUACAAAAAGAAUAAUUUUUCAUCUUAUCCCAAGAGUGAUGAUAAGCUCAAAAAUAAAUGUUUACUCCUAAAUUAUAAAAAAAAACUAGAUAUUUUGGAGGUCUAUCUUUAGUCCAUACAUAGUCCAGGAUUUAACAAGGUCUUGCCUCAUUGGUUAGGAAAAUAAAGAAGCGAGUCUAUCCACGAUGAACACGUUCAAAGAAAAAUUUUGUUAAAUAAUCAUGCGCGAAAGUUGUCGAUAGUACAUGAUGUAUUUUACAUAAUUACAUUUUAAAAUGUAUAGAUAGAUGAAAUAUCGUGAACGGAGGUUUUCAGAACUACAUAUAAUUUGUUAUAAAAUAAAGAUUGUUUUAAUUUGAAA